UGCUGCGGACAGUGAGGAGGGGAGGGGAGGGAGGCAGACCCAGACAGAGCAGAGCGAGCAAACGCAGAGCAAAGCAGAGCAGGUGUCGAAUGGAUCGGAGAUGGUGACUUGGCUGGCUGUACUGUUGGCCCUGGCCCUGCAGACCGGCACACAGGCCUGGCACUCGAUCCCCGGCCUGCGAUGCGGCUUCGAGGAGACAUGUGCCUGGAAGUGGAACAGCACCCUGGUGCGGGCCACGUCUGCCGCCUUCCCCGGCUACACGGCCGCCCCCAAGGUCGACGCCAGCAACAACACCAACGGUCAUUAUCUAAUGGUAGUUAUGACGGAGGACGGUGGGCCAAAGCAGAUGCUGAUGUGGAGCCCGAAAUACGUGAGCACCGGCGAAUCAUGCCGCUUCAAGGUCAGUCUGCACAUGGGCAACAUGGUCACUGGCAGCUUCAAAAUUCUUGUCGAGAUUGUCCACAACAAAACGUCGUGGGUUGUCAAUGAAAAAGCUGGGAACGACAUGCAAACGUGGGAGGAAUACAGUGUGAAAAUAGGUCGUCUCAGCCAAGAAUUCAAUAUAAUACUAGAAAUUACCUCGGGUAAAGAAUAUCCUUCUCAUGUAGCGUUGGACAAUUUGAGAUUGAUAAACUGUUUCACAGAACCUCGCCCAGUGGAAAUAAAUUGCUCUCCAACUCAAUAUAAAUGUAGAAACAAUACUUGUAUAGAUAAAUUAGAUGUGUGUGAUAUGUCGAUGGACUGUGUGGAGGGAGAUGAUGAGGAACAGGACUGUGAUAAAGUUCCUCGAUUCGCAAGAUGCUCUUUCGAGGAAGGACAGUGUGGAUGGGUGAAUAAGAUUGAUGAAAGUGUGGAUCAAACCUCCAAGAAGAGCAUCAUCACAUGGAGACGCCAUGUGGGCCCUGCUCCUAAUCCUGAACAGUCUGGUCCAUCUUUGGAUCACACCUAUCAAAAUAUAUCAGGAGCCUACAUGCACGUUAGUAUGGUGGAAGGCAAAAUGGGUUCGUCAGCAAUCCUGCAAAGUCCUAUUAUAAAUCCACCACCUUGGUAUCACAACGAUACUGCUUCACCUUACUUCAAUUCAUGCCAUAUAACUUUCUACUCCAAUCAGUUUGGAACGCAUUCUUCAUCUUUGGCUUUAUAUUUGCAACGAGUGGAUAAGCCGAAAGCAAAAAAGUCCAGGCAAAUUGCGUUAUGGUUCAGCUAUGGGAGAAAAGACAAUGUUUGGUCUCGUCAAGUCAUACCCAUUCCAACAAACAUUACACAGAAAUACUAUCUCAUGUUCGAAGCGAGGAAGGGUCUAGGCAAAUGGUCGGAUAUUUCAAUUGACGACAUAUCUAUGAGUCCGAAAUGUUUUGGAUUAGACGUUCCCCAGAAUGAGCUGAGAGGAUACAACUACUUAACAGCUGGAAGCUUCACGACAGAGUCCGAUCCACAGGUGCAUGAGGAUUUUGAGAAUGCAACUAUUUAUGAGUUUGGAUCUUGCAAUGUGGAGGGACCAGAGGGACCUAAGCCAGAGGACUGCAGAACGGUUUACACCAACUCAAACACCAAUGUCACCGUACUAACAGAUAGAUACACGCAAGGAAUCCAAAAAUGGAUUGUACCUGAGAGUGGAUAUUACACAGUGAUUGGCAGAGGAGCGGGAGGAGGGCAAGGCACUGAAAAGAAAGGCUCGAGUUGGGCGGCCGAAGCGCGCACUGUUGUCGAGUUGGUCAAAGGCCAAUCACUCUACAUACUGGUUGGACAACAGGGACAAAAUGCCUGUCCAAAGGGACGAGAGAGACUCAACAUAUCAUCUCAGUGUGAUUGGAGAAACAAAGAUAAGCUAGAAAACGGUUCAAACGUCUCUAUCAAAAAGAAACUCCACGAAAAAAUAAAAGCUAUAGCUCAAUUGGAAUUCAUGGGUGGCGGCGGAGGGGGAGGUGGUGCUAGCUACGUUUUUACGUGGCCGAAAAAUAAGGAGAAGAGUCCGAUCCUGGUGGCAGCCGGAGGAGGAGGCCUGGCACUCAAGGAGACCAAUAUAGCGGCCGAUGAGAGCAGACAGGACGGCCAUGGCAUGAACACGUCACUGCUACCCAUCAGCGGCGAUGGCCCCAUUAAUGGAUUGAACAAAGCAGGAGGAGGAGGUGGAUGGCUGGGUGGAAACAAUUCGUUCCGUGACGAGUCUGGACUUGCUCUGGUGCUGGGAGGCAAAGGUGGCAAGGGCUGCUAUGUCUCAGGAGGACUAGGCAUGAUUGCAGGAUCUGGGGGAUUUGGAGGAGGUGGAGGAGCAUGUCUUGGAGGGGGUGGAGGUGGCGGCUUCACAGGAGGUCGUGCCGGCUUUGAGAAAGAAGACAAUGGAGAGGGAGGCUACUCGUGGGUGGAUGGCUUGUUCGGGAAGGUGAUUCCGGGCGCGAAUCCCGGCGCGGGCCGAGUGUUUAUCAUCCCGGCCAUUCCGGUCGGCUGCAACUGCGACUACCUCUGCGUCACACUCGACUAUCACAGGCAGUAUGUGCAGUGCUUGUGUCCGCCCGGAUGGAAUCUCAGCGGCGACAACCGCAGCUGCAUUCUAACAGAUCCAGAUGACGAACAAACAAAAGCUCUACUGUGGUCAGGCAUUAUCAUUACGAUGAUUGGAAUCAUAAUAGGGCUCUGUUUCCUAUCGACCUAUAUCUAUAAUCGUUACCAGAGGAAGCGGAAUGCAACCCAACGGCGUAAGAAAAUGAAUGGCACAGAUCUGCCUCUCGGUCAGAUCCGACCACCUGGCUCAUUCAUGACUGAAUACAAUCCCAACUACGAGUUCGGCGGAGCCAGGUUGCAAGAGAGACUGCAGGAUCUAAAGGACAUACCCAGAAAUAAUCUCCGUCUAGUCAAGGCUCUUGGACAAGGAGCAUUUGGAGAAGUGUAUCAAGGAUUCUACAGACAACGCGAUAAUGAUGCUGUUGAAAUGCCAGUUGCUGUCAAGGUUUUUAAUGUUCCACAGACGUUGCCAGAACUAUCAACAAGUCAAGCAGAAGCUGAUUUCUUGAUGGAAGCUCUCAUUAUGAACAAAUUCGUGCAUCCAAACAUCGUGCACUGCAUAGGCGUUUGCUUCGACAGACAUCCCAGAUAUCUGGUCAUAGAGCUGCUGGCCGGAGGAGAUUUGAAAAGUUUCUUAAGAGAAGAAAGGCCUAAAAUUGACAAGCCAACUUGUUUGAAGAUGAAAGAUCUUAUACAGAUAGCGAUAGAUGUAGCCAAAGGAUGUAAAUACAUGGAAGAACAGAGAUUCAUUCACAGAGACAUAGCUGCUCGCAAUUGUUUGCUGACCACAAAAGGACCUGGCAGAGUUGUGAAAAUUGCCGACUUUGGAAUGGCGAGAGACAUUUACAGGUCUGAUUACUACAAGAAAGGUGGCAAGGCGAUGCUGCCCAUCAAGUGGAUGCCCCCGGAGGCGUUCUUAGAUGGAUUAUUUACUUCAAAGACUGAUGUGUGGUCAUUCGGAGUGCUGCUGUGGGAGGUGAUGUCGCUGGGCUUCAUGCCGUACGCAGGCUCGACCAACAGGGAGGUGAUGCAGAUGGUGGUGGCAGGGUCCCGGCUGAGCCCCCCCGCCCAGUGCCCCGGCCCCAUCUAUGGCAUCAUGACACAGUGCUGGGCUGUCGACCCCAUCCAGCGGCCCAGCUUCCCACUCAUCCUCGAACGACUCGGCUACUGUUUGCAGGAUCCACAGGUGGUAGGCACACUGCUGCCGAUAUUCGACACAAUUCCGGCGAACGAGCCGUUGAAGGAGGCCGAGCCAGACAUGCGGCCCCCGGAGAGCGAGGGGCCACUACAGGUCAACGGCUACCUCGUGCCCUCACCGGGCGACUCCGCCCCCACAACCACUCCCACCUCCAUAAGCACCCCCACCCCCGCCACCACCCUGUCAGAGUCGCACUCCACCCUGCCUCUGCUUGAGUUCGCCAACAACAACAACAAAAUGCCACCCAUCACCUAUGCCAACGUCAACCCCCUCGCCGCAACCGGGCUCUACACUGUGUCGUCCAGCCUGCCACACAACUCGUGUGGAUUCAGCGCUUGUUGAGCAAGUUGAUGUCGGCGACAGACAAGUGUGAGCUGACACGUAGGCACCGCACCGCACAGGGUAUGCCACCAGAUAAGUUCAAAUAAUGAUGGAAGAAUGUACAUAGUCAACAGAUUACUCAGCAGUCGACAUCAACUCUAUCAGAAAGUAUUUUUUUAAUCCAGAAUAAGUGUUAUAUUGGUAAACUUUGUGUGCAACCCUGUCUAUAUUGAUGUGCCACUGAAUAAUAUAAGACUAAUCAAAAUUAUAAUUUGAAUGUAACAGUAUCUAUUGGUAAUUUAUAUCAGUAUGCUUAUAAUCGUAGUGGAAUAAGUUGUAUAUAAAUGUAGAACUGUUCCCCGUACUAUGUAUGUAUAUAAGUCGUCUGAAACAAUUAGCUGUACAAGAGAUUAACGUGUAAGAGGAACGUAUAUGAGCUUCAGACUCAUUUUUUUACUCCCAUCCUAAGCGUUCAAAUUUUUAUUCUGGUUUCUUUCAUGUUUGUAAAUUGCUCAAUUUUUGGAAAUUAUGAUGAAAACAAUAAAUAGAAUCAAGAAGAAAGAAAAGGAUGGAUUUAUAAUGCUAAUAAUAAGCAGUGCUGAUUGCUAUUUUCAGCAGUACCACUUGAUAUACAGAAUUUUUUCAAAUAUAAUUUCAUACUUUUAACAUUACAGUAUCUUAUUUGAAUAAUUUUAUUGAUUUUAUGAUGAAUGAACUAUACGUUCAUACCCACCAUUUUAACCAAAAGGAAUACGCCCUCUGAUAUUUUACGGUAAUUUAUUUUAAUUUCAGAACCCAGUUUCGGAAAUUCUAUCUCAGAAUAUAACAACGUUAUUUAUAAAUCCAUUUAAUCAAAUAUCACAAUAACUUGAUUGAUAUUUCUAAACUGGUAAUCUACACAUUUAUCAUGAAAACCUUGUAUAGAAACGGUAAUGGUAAUGGACUUUCAGUCUACUGGAAACGUUCAACAGUACGGAAUAAUCUCAAUAUUAUUGGAUGCACUCAGUAAUAUUCACUGACUUCGCUCUGUAUGGUCUCGGGUAAGAAUUUCUUGUUUAGAAAAAAUGAUAUGUGAAACUUGAAAUGGAUCAUGAAUAUCUGUUUAUAACUGAAGUUAAAAAGCAGAUAAAUAUGUUGUAAUGGGAAUAAGUUAGUAGCCUUUACAUUUUACUUAAUAAUCAUUUCAACCUACAAAUUUCCUGACUAACUUCACCAUACUCUAUCAAGAACUAAGGUUGUACUCUACAAAUCUAUAAAGCCAAUACUUGAGCCAUUACUGUUUCAGUCAUGUUUACAAUAGUAUCUUUGUAAUUCAUAUUCCAUUUUCAAUUAUUGAUCCAUUGAAGUGGAUCCAUAGUGAACAAGCAUUUUUCGAUUAUUUGGUGGCGAGUAAUCAACUUGUAACUGAGUGAGGCUCACACAAAAAAUUGAAGCAAUCAAUGAUUUAUCAAGGUUACAAGAGAACCAGUGCAUUCCAUAAUAUUUUUAUACAGCUUCCGCAAUUUUUCUAUUAUGAAUAUUAAUAAGUUUUAUAUAAUAUAUGUAUGUGUAUAUAUUGUUUGACAGCUCACAAAUUAACAAUAAUGUUUGACCAAACAUCCACAUUGUAUACUAGUGUGUUGUGAAAAUUUAAUCGAAUUUGGUGAUAGUACAAGUAAAAGCAAAGCAUGAGUAAACUAUUACGGUAUCUAACAUAUUUUAAACCCACUGUUUAUUUAAGAAACAGUUCAAGUAUGAAAUAAAUAAUGUGAUGUUUGGAAAUGAGGAGUACAAAGUUUUCAGAAAUGAAAAUCAUUGGUAGGUACCUAAUUUAUUCUUUAGGCAUAAUACGUUAACGAUCAAGAUUACACAACUAUUAAAUGCAUAAAUGAAGAAUGACAAUGAAAAGAUCAAGUACAAAGAAUAAUGUGAAAAGUAUUGUGCUAUGAUUCAAGCAGGAGCAAUCAAGUACCAUACUGUUUAUUAUUUAGUUAUUUGAUUAAAUGUCAACUAUUUUUCAAGGUAACUUGUAGUAGACGCCAAUUAUUGCAAAUAAAUAAAUCCCUCGGAUCAAACAGACCGAACUGAUUUUAACCAAUGAAAUAUUUAUAAAAAUCGAUAUCAGAUUUAAAUCAAGUAUUAAACGAGGCAUGAUUACUAUGGUUUUAAAUAAAAGGAGAAUCUUAUAACUCCCAAUGAUUAUUAUAAUUUUAUUGAAAAAAUAAUCGAAGUGCUUUAUGAAAAUACAGUAUUUGAAAACACUGAAUGGAAAUGAUAAAAUGAUUUAACGAGCCAUUACAAUAGAUAAUAAUAGGUAGUCUUUAUUGAAAAUUGAGAACUUUUUAACAUUGAUUUGAAAUGUUUUACGGGAUGAAAAAUGAUAGGCUGGAAGUUCAAUAAAUGGAAAAAAUUCAAUUUUAAAAACAUCUAGCUAUGUUUCAUUACACAAAAUCCGUGAUGAGGAUCUACAGCGAUAAAUUUAUGGGUCUAUGACAGAUUAGUUGAAACAAGCUAAAUAAUCAAUAUUCAAACCCCGAUUCUCUGGUGGAAUGAAAUGGCUGAACAGCGAGCAGAAAAGUGUUAAAGACUAUUUAAAAAUAAGAAUAUUUAAUUUUUUCACAAAAUAGUUAUAAAUGUUACGUUUUGGAAGGAAACAGAAACUCAUGAAUUUAUGUGCCAAACAAUUUUGUCUCAAACUCUAUGAAGUCAUUUUUUAUGAAAAAAUUUGCAAUUCUUCAAUUUUUUCAACAAAUACAGUUUAAAAUUUGUGCCAAAUUUAAUUCUGCUGAUGAAGUUUAUCAGUUGAAAAUGGUUGAAAAGUGUUUUUAUACAUCAAUACGGAAUUUUUAUAACGAUAGGUUGUGAAUUUGGAUUACCCCAUCAGCAUAGAAUGUUUUAUAUUCAACUUUGAGUUGUAAUAAAAUUAUUUCGCUCACUCUGUUCAAAAACUGAUAUUAUUCAUAUCGAAUAAAAAAUUAUUAUAUUUCGAAGUGAACUUUCUAGCUCAAAUGUGAAGUAAAUUGCAAUAAGCAGCAGAUUGCUGUUCAAAGCGAACAUGAAGAUAGUAGCGUUAUGUUGGAAUGAAACGUUAUAAUGGUAGGCCUACUGCUGAAUAUUCAAAGAGAGUGCUAAUCUGUUAUUUCCUUCGUGGCCAAAUCAUUAUGAUUAUCCUACCUGCUGUCAAAAAAGUGGGAAGAUCUUAAAAAGCAUUAUGGUGGUUUUAUUGGUGUAGAACUUGAUACAUCAUCUUAACAAUAAUUAAAGGCCUAAGUAGAAUUUCUAUAAAACAAAUUCAAAAUACAUUCUUCAAGAUAAUCGUUUAUGAUACAUUUAUUAGGUUUUACGAAGUAAAAAUUGUAAGCACGAGCGUUGAUUUUGUCUUUUAGGUAACUUAUUAUAUGAUGAUGUAUCAAAGUUGUUUAGCAAAAUAUCUGGAAAUGUUGCUUAUAUUUUUAUUCUUAAUCCAAUAUAAGGCUCAACUAAAUUGAAUUAUUGAAAUACUUGCAUAAUUUAUAGUGGAAUGGAUUCCAAACAUAUAUUUUAUAAUCACAAGAUCUUCAAAAGAUCUCCAAAACGACGAUUUCCAAUCGUCAUUAUUUUUGUAUUAGAUGACAUUUGAUUACUAAGACAAUGCUUAAUUAAAUAAUCGAUACUACAGGAUGAGGCAAAUACUCAACAUUAAUUGUUUUUGUUUGAACUUUUAUAGAUCGGUGAAAGUUGUCUUUAAGUUGUUCAGUAUUAGAGUUGAUUUAAUAAAUACUUGAAGGUAAUUCUCCAGUCGAAAUUAGGAAGAUGAUUUCUGAAUUAAAACAACAUGGAUGUUUCUAUUCUAAAUAAUGAAAUGUUCUAUUGAAGAUUUAAUCUCUGUGAGAUUCUAAAUUUAUUUUUAUCAAGUACUUUUGAUAGGCGCGUUUUGUUUUAAAAACAUAUAUUUUUCCUGAAAUCUGUCGAUUCCUGGAAUUACAAGUAUUAUCAUCAUUAUUAUUAAUUUGUCUCAGUUAUACAUAUUAAUUAGGAAAAUAAAUUAUAAACUGAUUUCGAAGAUAAACAGAAGAAAAAUAUUCUGUGUAUUUUAUUCUGCAACUUUGGCGAAAAAUUUGCCUCAUCCUGAUGAAUGUAGAGAUCAUUAUUUUAUAGUUAACAAGAGGAAAUGUUAAUACUGUUGUGUCCAUUCUAUUUUUGUAACAAGAAGUUCGAAUUACGUUAUAUAAUCACAGUAAUUUUACUACUUAGGAGAAAAACAUCAUGUAAAUAAAUAUGUAGAGGAUUCUAUGCUUGAUAAAGUGAAUGCUUAAACAUAUUAUAUUAAAGGGAAAGAGUACAAAGAAAAUUAGAAGAAAAUGAGUUUGAAGGUGCCAAAAUUCCAGAAUUGUAAUUAUUAUUUUUAUACUAAUAUGAAAUCAGUAGGCACAUGUUGAAAUCACACUUAAUAUUGACUUGAAAGAAUUCAAUCUAAGAAUCUACUAAAAUGAAUUUGAAUCUUGAAAUUGAAAUCGAAUUAAAAUUGAAAACAUCUUUAUUCAUAAUAAUGUACAUUGAUCUCUGAUCGCAACUAGUUUAAUUUAUUAGAUCGAAUUAUACUAAUUUCUCUGUUACCAUGUAGAACUUCUAUUUAAAACGUAAGUAAUGUUUGAUUGAUAAAUGAAUCCUUUAAAACCUCAGUAUUAUGAAAGUCAAAGCCAUUCAAGUGGCUUUUGAAAUCUAUAAGAAGGGUACAUUCCUAGAAUAAAAUACAUUUUCAACAGGCUAGAUAUGAAACACCUGGACAGAGAUAGCUGAUCAUACAAGAAAACCUUAUCAGACUACUCCCUACAAAAAGUAACUAUGAAUAAUACUCGAGAAUUAAUUGGGACAGUAUUCAUUCUGUUAGCUUCUAUAUAAGGUGCUAAGUCAACACAUUAUUUUAUUGAUAUUUUUGAUUAUAUUGAAUACAAAUGCAGCACUUAAGUACUUGAGUCACUUUUAGUACUUGAGUACUUCUCACUUGAUUCAUGGCUCUCUUCAAAUGCAGCACUCAAGUACUUGAGUCACUUUUAGUACUUGAGUACUUCUCACUUGUUUCAUAGCUCUGGAUACUCAUAGACUGACCAAAUGAAUAAUUGAGUUGUUUUUGUAUGAUAUCUAACUUAAUAGUUUAGUUUAUGAGUAAUUCUAUUGCAAUUCAUUGGAGUAGUUUAAAUGUUGUUGAGCGAGGUGAGGUGACGUGGAUUUUGUGAAUAAAACAGGAAGUUUUGAUGACCUAAAACCUAAGUAUGAGUGUUGUUGAAUAUAAGAAUGAGAGGAUGAAUGUGAAUUUGUGAUAAGAUAUUCUAAUAAUACUAAGAAAGUUCUAUGUAAAUGGCUAACAUUAUGGAAGAAUAAUCACACUAUUUGUAUAUUUGAAAUAUUACAAGUGAACGGGCAUGAAACUAUUUUGCAACCAUAAAGAAAGGGCAUGGUGCAAGAUUGAAUGGGAUGGGAAUAAAAUGCCAACGAAAUGGAACAGUGAUCUCGAACUAUCUUCCACAACAAUAGAUCAAGCAAACCUCUGUGUUGACUAGUCGCACUUUCAGUUUAGUUAUUCAAAGUACCUUCGCGUAAUUUCUGUUGAUAGUGUUUCACUGCUAUAUCUCUGAGCGCUAUAAUUAUAAUAAUUAUUCACUCUAAUUAUCAUUAUUGUUGAUAAUUAAAAAACGGAGAGUAACAUGUUACUCAAACUUACAGAAAUACCAAUCAAUCAAUAAAGUUCAGCAAUUUAUUGAGAAGCAUAUUUUUAGAUUUUAUCAUAUUUACAAUAUUAAUGUAUUGAGCACAGAGAUUGCGAAGCCAUACUCUACUUCGAGGGAAAUGAAAAUAUAAGAGGCAGUAAUAAUUCAAAUACUCAAAAAGUGAUUAAAAGUGUAGAGUGUUUAACUCUUGUUAAAUUUAAUAGUGUAAUGGAUAAAUAUAUGUUUUGUUAUUACAAUACUAUUGAUUGAAUUUAUGUCAAUACACUUUUUAUGAGAAAAAAA